UCUUUUUUCCAUUCGACAUCUGGGCAGAUCGCAACGAGAUCACUCACCUCCAUUCUCAACCUUUUUUGUACUUCUGCGUUCCCGCAGCGGCAACCUGUGCGUGCCUCGUCGAUCACCGGGCAGAAGGGACGGAAUAGCAUCCAGCGUUCUUGAGCCUCUCUCCUUGGAAUACUGUAUCACCGAGACCCGGUGGUAAUAUCGUCUCGAGAGACCACCUUGACCAUGUCCACGGACGAUAAGCACCCCAAGGACGUCGUGAGCUCGGCCUCGUCCGACUCGCACGCGCCAUCAAGCAACAACAACGUCGACGCCGCGUGGAAGUUCCUCAACUCCCACCGCGAUGCCGGCGACGGCACGGCCUCGGUCGACAUGGGCGCGCUCCGCCGCAAGAUCGACUGGCGCAUCGUGCCGCUCAUGUUCCUUUGCUACACCAUGCAGUUCCUGGACAAGGUCAUCCUCAACUACGCUGCCGUCAUGGGUCUGUCAAAGGACUUGAAGCUCGUCGGCAACCAGUUCUCCAACAUUGCCACCUUUCUCUUCGUCGGUCUCCUCUGCUUCGAGAUCCCCAACAUCUACUUCCUCCAGAUGGUCCCCGCGGCCAAGUGGCUCGGCCUCAACGUCGUCCUCUGGGGCACCGCGACGGCGUGCGGCGCCGCGGCGCACAACUACCAGACGCUCCUCGUCUCGCGCGUCUUCCUCGGCAUUUUCGAGGCCACCAUCGGCCCCUCGCUGAUGCUCAUCAGCUCGCAGUGGUACACAAAGUCCGAGCAGGCCCCGCGCUUCUCCUUCUGGUACCUCGGCCUCGGCCUCGGCCAGAUCCUCGGCGGCGCCAUCUCGUACGGCUUCCAGCACGUCCCGCCCCACGCCGCCCUCGACGGCUGGCGCAUCAUGUUCAUCGUCCUCGGCUGCGUCACGGUCGCCAUCGGCCUCGCCACCCUGCUCUUCGUGCCCGACACGCCCAUGAAGGCCACCUGGUUGUCCGACACGGAGAAGGUCGCCCUGCUGCGGCACGUCAGCGUCAACCAGACGGGCAUCGAGAGCCGCAAGUUCCGCCCGAGGCAGAUCCUCGAGGCCCUGAUGGACCCCCAGAUGUAUCUGAUAACCCUGGCCGUCGUUCUCACUUCUGUGUCCAGUGGCGUCAUCACGACAUACUCGGCCACCCUGAUCCGCAACCUCGGCUACGACCCGAAGCGCGCCGCGCUGAUGAACAUGCCCUCGGGCAUCGUCAGCAUCUUCUUCACCCUCCUCGUCGGCUACGGCAUCCGCCACAAGUCCAACCGGUGGGCGUGGAUCGUUGUCUGCAUCAUCCCGGCCAUCAUAGGCGGAGCCCUCAUGUCUUUCCUCCCCGUCAGCAACCGCUCCGGCUGCCUGGCGGGCAUCUACCUCGUCAACGCCAUCGUCGCGCCCUUGCCCGUCUUCUACGCCUGGACCGCGGCCAACUUUGGCGGCGCGACAAAGCGCGCUUUCGCCGCGGCCAUCGUCUCGGGAUCCUUCUCCAUCGGCAACAUCAUCGGCCCGCAGACCUUCCAGGCCCGGGACGCGCCCCAGUACCGUCCGGCCAAGAUCGCCGUCAUGGGCACCCAGGCCGGCUGCGCCCUCGUCACCCUCGCGCUGUACGCCUACUACCGCCUCGAGAACAAGCGGCGCGGCGCCGUCGCCCAGUCCGAGGACGCGUACCUGGCGCCCGAGGUCUGGCAGUCCAUGACGGACAAGGAGAACAAGUCGUUCCGCUACACGUACUAAUGGGUAAGGGGGGUAAGGGGGACGUGCCGAUGGCGUGAUUCGGCAGAACAAACGAAAGAAAGUAAUUAUACCCACAAGUUGGCUACUUACCUACUUGACCUAGACCUAUUCGUAGGAAGAGUUUGCUGUACACUUUGAAGAAUCUGUUGCCGGCCAAUGACACCGGGGCUUUAUUGAUGACGAUAUCUCAUAUCAGUAACCCCCCUCCUUUUUAGUUUUAUCUUUUUUACCUUUUUUUUAAAAAAAAAAAGAUUUUCCAGUUGCGAGCUUCCCUUUCGCGUAGUCCUCCUUCUGUCAGACACCAUGCCCACGAGCUCCACUCUUCAAAAAAAGCUUUCGACUGGCUCUAAGCUCUGUUGUCAGUAGCGUUUGAUAACGUGGGGAAAUGUUGCAAACGGGAUGGGAGGAUGAAUGGAUGGGAAACUGGGCGGGCGUCAGUCUGAAGGUUGGCCUGAGUCUGAGCUGAUGCCUGAAUGUAAAUCUGACUUUGAUUCUGAUUCUGAUUCUGAGCCUGAGUCUAAGUCCGGAUCCGAGUCUGACUCUCUGACAUCAGAGGACUGGGUCACUAUCCAACGCGUUGCUGUUGGGCCCGUCAUCAGGGUCGAAUAUCUCGUCUUCUCAGGAACCUCGUCACCGAUGCAGAGAGGAGGGAGAGGGUACCGCGUAACUAGACCAAUCGAGACAUGAAACCUGCGAAAAACCAAAACUCUAACCGGCGGAAAUUAUAUUCCACGGUUUCUCUUUGUACAAGCGUCCAAAGCGGUGCAGGAAGUGCGUCUACUGUAAAGAACAAAGGUGUGCCGCACCAUCUCCGAAGUAAAUCCCGAAGUGGGUUUCGCGAUUUAAAUUUUCCUAUUUUUUUUUUUCGUUCUUUUUUUUUUUUUUUAAAUUUUCCCCGACGACUUUAAAUUUACGCUAUUAUAUGGCUGCCUAAACCACGCAGAUACUCUAGAUACUAUCCGUGCGAACAAGGAUAGUAUCAUGGCAGUUGUAACUUGUCGGAUAUUGGGCGACAUGCUAAUACCAGCGGCUUGGGAACGGAGACAACCCAAAUUUUUUAUCAACGGUCAAUUCUGGCGCACAUAAUAUCAGCAAUGCGUCAUUUCACGGGGGUGACCUUGAUGAUUGCUCCCCCCCCUACAACGGCACAGGCUGAAAGUCUGCCUAGGUUCUACUCUUCACCAGCCUCUUCAAACCUUUCCCCAGCUUUGGUUAAACGCCCUGCAUUCGGGGAGAUUGCUGGGAUUCUGCAAGCAAUUGGAGACCUAUACGCGUAUUUCAGUGGCCAAUUCUAAGCGCUACUCAGUAGUUCCCUGCCCUGCAUUGACUACGAUAUACUCCGCUAGACUACCCACUCCAAUGGCUCAGCAAAGCGGCCUGACAAAUUGCCCAAUAUUGAAGUACCUAAUGCGUUAAGGUGGUGUCUACUGUGGUUGCAGGCAAACGUUCUUGCCCAUGGAUUGGGUAGCCUGUGGAGGUGCAGCCACAAUCAACUCGGCAUGAGUCCGUACGCAAUUCGCGCUACAGAAGGCGCCAGUUCGAUCUGACAAGGGCAGUGCUAGUCAGCCCAAGAGCCUGCGAUAUACCUGACCGGCGGGCUAGGCUUAGCGCGUAUACUCAUAGUACGCAGUAGUUCCUCAAGCCAAACUGCUCUUGUCCUUGCUCCAGCAGAUGAGGUUCCCGCAAAGCAAACACGUCCAAGUCGUAACCCGUUCAGUGAUUGGCCCUCUCGAGGGCAGGUCGCAGGGGCGGGGCCCCGUUCAUCCUGGCGCGCCCAAGGUGGGAACGGUUUAGGUUUCCCGGUUUCGAAGUCCGAUCUACGACGAACUCAAAAUGGACGAGGCGUCCAAGCCCUACACUUGAAGAUAGGGCCGAUAGUUCGUCGAUCAUGGGGAUGGGAUCACGAGGACAGGAUGCGAACGAAUCACGAAUCGCGAUAUCCAGAACUCUAUGCGUCGCUUAGGCGCCAGCCGUGGCUCUCGUCCCGAAUCAACUUCGGAUAGAGCACUGGCGACGGGAAAGGCCCAACAACUGACGGCUUGGUUCAAACCAUUUCUGCCGAAGAAUUUCCAUGCACAGGGCAUUCCGUAGGAACCAUCGUCUUCCCCUCCCCCCUUCGAUGCGCCCAACGAGCCGGGCUAUCUGCAUCGCAAUUGGUACGGACGGCGUGGAUCUUGCGAUCCUCGUCCUACUCGACCACAGCGAAUACUUGUUGUUAUCAUGUCUCUAUCCGGUGCGUGGUAGGUUUCGGUACGCUUGGGAGGGGGGGGUGAUUGAAUGGGUAAUAAGGAACCACCAUAGGUAGACGAACCGGCAGUGCCUGACCGAAUACUUUCUCGUCGGCUUGCUUUGAGUUCUACGCAGCACGAUUU